AUGGACACAGCAGAGCCGGGGUUACCCCCGGCUCCUGAGGGCAGGAAGAGGUAUAGUGACAUCUUCCGGAGCCUGGACAACCUCGAGAUCUCACUGGGGAACGUGAGCCUUGAGAUGCCAGCUGGAGACCCCGUGCUUUCAGAAGACCCUGAGCCAGACAAGGCUCCCACAGCCACUGUGACCAAUGAGACCAGUUGUUGGACUAACCCCUCCACAGAGAGUCCUGCACCCCUCACAGGGGAGGAACUGGACUUGCGACUGGUUCGGACCAAGGGAGGCGUGGAUGCAGCCCUGGAGUAUGCCAAAACCUGGAGCCGCUAUGCCAAGGAGCUGCUGGCCUGGACUGAGAAGAGAGCCAACUAUGAACUGGAGUUUGCCAAAAGCAUCAUGAAGAUUGCAGACGCCGGCAAGGGGUCCAUCCACCAGCAGAGCCACAUGCCACUGCAGUACAUCUACACGCUGUUUCUGGAACAUGACCUUGCACUCGGGGUUCUGGCACAGGAGACAGUAGCCCAGCAGAGGAGGGACUACUACCAGCCCCUGGCAGCCAAACGAACUGAGAUUGAAAAGUGGCGGAAGGAGUUCAAGGAGCAGUGGAUCAAGGAGCAGAAGCGAAUGAAUGAGGCUGUGCAGGCUCUACGACGGGCCCAGGUCCAGUAUGUCCAGCGCAGCGAGGACCUGCAAGCCCGCUCCCAGGGAUCCCCGGAGGACCUGGCUCCCCAGGCUUCUCUAGGGCCCAGCAAGCAGCAGGAGCGGCGGCGGCGUUCGCGGGAGGAGGCCCAAGCCAAGGUGCAGGAGGCCGAGAUGCUGUACCAGGCCUGUGUCCGCGAGGCCAACGCGAGGCAGCAGGACCUAGAGGCCACCAAGCAGCGAAUCGUGUCACAUGUGCGCAAGCUGGUGCUGCAGGGCGAUGAAGUGCUCAAAAGGGUAACCCUGGGCCUGUUUGGGCUACGUGGUGCACAGGCCGAGCGUGCCCCCCGUGCCUUCGCAGCCCUGGCCGAGUGCUGCAGCCCCUUCGAGCCCGGCCAGCGCUACCAGGAGUUUGUGCGGGCAAUGCGACCAGAAGCUCCCGCGCCCCCACCACCCACCUUCUCGUUCCAAGAGUUUGUGCAAACAGCUCACAGCUCCCCUGUGGACACUAGAAAGAAGUUAUCGGGCCCCCUGCCUCCACGGCUGGAUGAGGGUGCAACUGAGUCAGGGUCCUGGGAGGACCCUGGUCCCCGCUGGCAGGGGACCCCAGUCCCGACCCCGGGCAGUGAUGUGGAGAGCAUCGGGGGAGCCAGCGAGUCCCGAUCCCUGGAUUCGCCUACUUCCAGCCCAGGCUCAAGGCGGCUUAUGAAGGCCCCGUCCACAGGCACUGAGUCCUCAGAUGACUUUGAGGAUAAAGACCCUGACCUGGGAGAUGGACUGGAGAAUGGGACGGCUAGUCCCUUCAGGAAGUGGACACUGUCCACCGCGGCACAGACCCACCGGCUUCGGCGACUCCGGGGGCCAGCCAAGUGCCGAGAAUGUGAGGCCUUCAUGGUCAGCGGCACUGAGUGUGAAGAGUGCUUUCUGACCUGCCAUAAGCGCUGCCUUGAGACCCUGCUGAUCCUGUGUGGACACAGGCGGCUCCCUGCACGGACCCCCCUCUUUGGGGUUGACUUUCUGCAGCUGCCCAGGGACUUUCCAGAAGAAGUGCCCUUCGUGGUGACCAGGUGUACGGCUGAGAUAGAACACCGUGCCCUGGGUGUGCAGGGUAUUUACCGAGUGAGCGGGUCCCGAGUCCGUGUGGAACGAUUGUGCCAGGCCUUCGAGAACGGCCGGGCAUUAGUGGAGCUGUCGGGGAACUCGCCUCAUGAUGUCUCGAGUGUUCUCAAGCGGUUUCUUCAAGAGCUCACCGACCCCGUGGUCCCCUUCCACCUCUACGAUGCCUUCAUCUCUCUGGCCAAGACCCUGCAUGCAGACCCUGGGGGCAUCCCUGGGACCCCCAGUCCCAGCCUCGAGGUCAUCCGCUCCAUCAAGACCCUCUUGGCGCAGCUGCCCGACUCUAACUACAACACCCUGCGACACCUGGUGGCCCAUCUGUUCAGGGUGGCUGCACAGUUUGAGGAAAACAAGAUGUCUGCAAACAACCUGGGCAUUGUGUUUGGGCCAACACUACUGCGCCCACCUGGCUGUCCAGGGACAUCUGGUCCUGGCCCCGUCGCCUGCCUGCUGGACUCAGGGUAUCAGGCCCAGCUGGUUGAGUUUCUCAUCGUGUACUAUGAGCAGAUCUUUGGGAUGGACGAGCUGCCCCUGGCCACAGAGUCAUCAUUCCAAAACCCCACCUCAGCGCCCGGAGCUUGCACAACAAGCCCCCAGCCAGCACCCUCACACCUCAUCUCAGAUGCCAGGUCACCAGCCCAGGCCUCAGACCCAGACCCAGGCCCUGAGCUCCACUAUGUCCUGGAGAAGUGUCCUGAAGCCGUGCCUACUGAGAGUCCAGCCCUGCAGGUUGACCAGGGAGAGGAAGUGGACACAGACACCAGAGAUGGGGCAAGUGAAGCAUCCGGCCGAGGCCCCGAGGACUCACUCCUGGGAACACAGCCCCGUGGCCACUUCAGCCGCCAGCCUGUGAAGUAUCCUCGGGGUGGGGUGCGGCCUGUCACCUACCAGCUAUCGAGCUUGGCCCUGGUGGCUUCCAAGCUGUGUGAGGAGACCCCUGUCACCUCAGUGUCCCGUGGGAGCUUGCGGGGACGAGGGUCUGGCCCUGCCGCUGCCUCCCCAGAGGGCAGCCCCUUGCGCCGCACCCCACUGCCCAAGCACUUUGAGAUCACCCAGGAGACGGCCCGGCUACUCUCUAAGCUGCACAGUGAGGCUGUACCCAGAACCACUUGCUGCACGGACCACCAGCCUGAGGCCACCUGCUUUGGAGACCCCCAACCUGAGGAAGUGGAGGAGCAUCUUUAA